AAACACUGGAUCUCCAACUAGUCUUGAUAUAUCAACUCUAGUUAUAUAAAUAUAGCGUGAUUUAAUGUAAUGAAUUGCGUGUUUAGUUCCGUUUGAUUCAGUAAUUCAGUCGAGUUUAAGUCGUGGCUGCGUGUAGACGUGUUUAAGGAUGAAGAUCAUUUUUUCGUGUCUCCUUUUUGUUUUGCUGGGAUCCGUCUGGGCACGGACGGCGACCAAGCCUCAGGAGAUAAGCGGGCCGAUCACAUCGCUGUCAGAUAAAAACGCCCGUGACAAAGCUAAGGUCCACCCGGCUUUUGCCAAUGUCGGCAGAACAGCCGGUGUGCAAAUAUGGAGAAUACAGAACUUCGAACCAAUACCCGUUGCUCAGAAGGACAUAGGAAAAUUCUACAAAGGAGAUUCAUACAUCAUUUUACGGACGACCUCGGACAAUCGCAACAAUCUGUCAUGGGACAUCCACUACUGGAUCGGUCGGGAGUCGACGCAAGACGAAUCAGGAGCCGCCGCCAUCCUCACCGUCGGCCUGGACGACAAGUUCGGGGGCGCCGCGGUCCAGCACCGAGAGACCAUGGGUCACGAAAGCGCUUUGUUCCUAUCAUAUUUCCAGACACCCUUGAACUAUUUGGAGGGAGGGAAUCCGUCCGGUUUUAACCACGUCGUCACGAACGCGGGAGCCCAGAAACGAAUGUUCCAGGUCAAGGGGAAGCGAGAUGUCCGCGUUAGACAAGUCGAUCCGCAGAUAGCUUCGAUGAACAAAGGCGACGUCUUCGUUCUUGAUCUAGACAACGACAUCUAUGUCUUUGUCGGCGAGAAAGCUAAAAACGUUGAGAAGCUUAAAGCGAUUUCGUUCGCCAAUCAAGUACGGGAUCAGGAUCAUCACGGACGCGGAAGAGUCGAUAUUGUGGACAAGUACUCGAGCGAUGUGGACGUUCAGAAAUUCUUCACGGCUCUUGGUUCAGGAGUUAAGGAUCUGGUGCCGGAUGAGAGCACCGGCGGAGACGACCAGGAGUUCGAAAGGAAUGAAGCUAGCAACGUGAUUCUCUCUGAAGUGUCAGACGCCACGGGAAAGAUCAAAGUGACGCCACUAUCGAAGCCUUUCAAGCAAGAGAACUUGAGUCCACAGAACGCGUAUAUUUUGGACACCAUAUCUGGCAACAUUUACGUUUGGAUCGGGAAGCAGGCUACCGCAAACGAGAAAUCUCAGGCCAUGACGAAAGCUCAGGAAUUGUUGAACGCUAAGAACUAUCCUUCGUGGGUGCAAGUGACCAGAGUUCUACAGAACACGGAGCCUGCAGCAUUCAAGCAGUACUUCUUCACCUGGCGAGACUUCGGAAUGUCUCACUCGCGAGUCAUUUAAAAGCUAAAAGCACGUACGUACUUCCGGAACGCAAGGGAAAAGCUCUAACCUAAAACUAAACUACUUAUAUUUGUGAUAUAAACGAAUAUAUAUGGAUGGUUGAAAGGCUAUAUAUAGUAAAGAUUUAUAGUAAUACCUACUAGUCAAUAUGUACCAAUUUUACUCACUAAAUACUAAAUAUUAAAUACUUACAAUAUUUAUUUUCGUUAUUUUCCAGAAAACAAAGAAAAAGUGCCAUAGGAUUAUCAUUUCUAAUUAUUUUUUAACUCAAUAAAAAUAUAUCGCAAA